CAUAAAAUUACAAAAUUUUAAGAAAAUCAGAAUCAAUGAUGAUGAUCCACUUUUUAUUUAAUAAAGUGAUGAUGAUGAUAAUAUAAUGUAGAAAAUGCUUUAGUUGUUAAAGGAAAAGGAAAUGUGGUAGAAUUUAAUUUGAACAAAUUCAAACCUGAAUAUUUGGGAUCUAAAAAAAUAAAAGAAGUAUUGAUUAAAAAACAAGGAUAUUAAAUGUAUUAUUGGUUAAUAAGAAGAAGAAAAUAAUAAAAAUGUGAAGUAAGAAGAGGAAUUUAAAAAAUAAUUUGCUAAAUUAUCAUAUACAAGAAACCUAAUUUAGCUAAAAAAUUAAAUAUAG